AUGCCUCCAUCCUCUAAUGAUUUAUCAUAUCAAUAUAUUGAUACAAUACUUGAUCGAUUUUGUCUUGAAAUUUUACCUAUAAUUCAUGAUAAAAUCGAAUGGCUCGAUUUUGAAUCGUCAGCUAUGGAGAAUAUUCUUCUUUCAACAAAUUAUCCUAAUUUGCAUGGGCUUAAUCGAAGUUUUUUAAUUCGUGUCUUCAAAAACCAAAUCUUAUCACUUGUUAUUGAUAUUAAUAAAUGUAAAGAACCAAGAUGUCCAGGCAAAGAUAUAAAUAUAUUUAUAUUUACACAGAUCUUUGCUAUGUUCAGUAAUUUACAGCAUUUAAAUUUUGGUUCAUCUUCUGGUUAUCAACAAUUAACAUUUAAUAUAUCAUCUCCACUUGUUUUCUCUUCAUCUCUAUUAGAAUUGCAUGUCGUAGUAGACUCUUGCAAUGAAUGCUUUUAUUUACUCGAUAAUCGUUUCAGUUAA